UGGCGUAAAGUUAACCCGAGCAUCUCCGAACUCACCCGAGGUUUACCGAGCCGUCCGUCCAGCCGGACUGCUGGAAGCAGCCGCAACAACGCCAUGUUGAAUGAAGUCUCCCAUCUUUAUGAGAAAUUCAUAUAAUGCGACUCGCUAAUGUGAUGUUACUACGCAAAGCGGAGCAAACAAACCGGGAGACGGCCAUCUGAGGAGGCGGAGAAGAACAAUUCGACCGGGGAGAUCCAGGGUGGCUGGAGGGGGAUACAAACCCCCUACCGUCCCCAUGCAUAGAGCAGCUACAAUCCCCGACUUCAAAGAUAAAAUGACAUUUUGGUACUAACAGCCAGAUCUGAAUGAAAUCCAUGGCAUAAGGAUAUACACACGUUCCGGCCUUCGUAGAGAGAAGAAACGGCCAGAUAUUGUUGGAACGUGCGAUCGAUUUCAGCUGCGUAUUGUUUGUUUUGGUUUAAAUUUCUGCAAUGAGUUUGCCACCGAAAGUGGUCCAGAAACCGGUCGCUGUCGCUGUUAGUGGACACGUAACCGGACCGGCACCGCCAACGCAACUCCGCGCAGCGCUGACCUCCGUGUCGUUACCACCGGGAGCCCAGAGCGUUCCUCCGCCGUCAGCCGUGCCGCCUACCCAGAUCCCUCGAGCAGCGCUAUCACUAGAGGAGCGCAUGUUUCCCGCCCACUCUGGGGUGACGGCGGUCUACAGUGUAUCCAGACACCCUGGUCCUCCAUACCCAGGUCACGACCUCAGCAAAACUCACCCUAAUUUGGCAGGCACCCCUCCCGGCCAUGCCACGUCCCCAGCCCUCUCUCAGGUAUCGGUCCCUGCCGCCCCCUCGUACCGCUUCCUAAAGGGCUGGGAGACAGGUGGAGGGCCUCCAUAUAACCCAGCUCAGAAUGCAGGCUCCGCCCCUCUGGUGUACUCACCACAGACGCAGCCAAUGAACAUACAGCCGCAAACUCGGCCGUUUGUGACGGGGCCUCGGCCGACCCACCAUCAGUUCCUCCACAGGACUCAGUUACAGCCAGCACGGCCUGCCCUUCCUACCAACAGCCCCUCCAUUCGGCCGGGCUCACAGACCCCAACGGCUACGGUUUAUUCUCCCAACCAGCCCAUCAUGAUGACUAUGACGCAUAUGCCCUUUCCUACCCAGACACACCAAUACUACAUUCCUCAGUAUCGUCAUAGUGCACCUUACGUGGGACACCCGCAGCAAUAUGCCAUCCAGCCGCCAGGGUCUGGAACCUUCUACCCAGGACCCGGCCCUGGGGAAUACCCUGCUCCUUAUGCUGCCGGGCCGCCAUAUUACGCCGGCCAGACAGUGUACCCUCCCUCUCCACCCAUCAUAGUGCCUGCACCACUGCCACCUCCACCAACCAAGCGUGAAAAGAAACCAUUCUCUCAGAUUCGGAUCCGAGACCCCAACCAGGGUGGAAAGGACAUCACAGAGGAAAUUAUGUUUGGAAGCCGGAAUCCUACUCCUCCUACAGGGCACCCGGCCUCCACCUUAACCCCACCUGCAGGACGGCCCUCCUCGACACCAACCCCACCCACAGGACACCUGUCCUCCACACCCACCCCUCCACAGCCAAGAAACUGUCAGACCCCUGAACGAACAUCAUGUGUCAACCCACCUCAGAGACUCUCAGAGAGCCCUGCGCCAGUGGAUGGCAAACCUAGUUUAGAUGACAGGCCAAAAAUGGAGUCUGGUCCUAUAAAGCCUGUAUCUCCUGGGCCUAGGCCUUCAGAUUCCACUUUAGAGAAAGGAGAUGCCCCAAGUCUUCCAUUACUAGCCUCUUCUUCUCCAGAGUUGGCCUCUGAUGUUCCCUCCUAUCCUUCAAGUGGAUGCAUUAAAGCAACUGCUGCGGGAGAACCGGAAGUUAUUUCUCCUUCAACUACCAAGGCUCAGAUGCAUCUGGUUAAUUCUGGUGGGGACUCUAUUCCUGAAACUUCUCUCAGACUCUCUGCUUCACCCUCAACGUCCCUCAAAGUGGUAAAUGGCCUUGCCGAGUCUCAAACUCCUUUAUCAAGCUACGAAGAACCUGAGGUCCAGGAAGCCCUAAAGAUAUCAUUGUCCCAUGAGGUUCAGCUGCCAACCCAGGGUACGUCAUCCACGGAGGAGUCCAGUCAGGAAGUUCCAGUGGCCUUGGAGGAGCUCCAGACAAAGCACCUCCCUUCUCUAGCUGUACAUGUGCCCUUGAUCCCAACCGUACAGGCCUCUUCAAGCACCUCCUGCACCACUACUGUCCUUGGACCACCACCUGGUUUGGCACCACUUGUGCAGCCAGUUGUCCUUGAGGUGCCAGAGCAAAACAAGUCCUCGGACAAUGUCCAAAUAAAGGUUCAGGAUGCUUCAGAGUCACAAACUCAGAACAACUCUAGAAAGUUCAUACCCUCAGCCCAAGCUGUUUCUGUUGUACCAAAGUCUUGGAAGAAACCAAAUGAAGAUGUUCUGAUGGUGGAAACACUGCCGAAGGAAAAUGAGGAGGAGACCUCAAAGGACAGCUCUGCUGGUGAUGAUAUGGUCUUACAACUAACCUUAGGGACCUACAGCAGCCCAUUUACAGUGCCUGAGCACCAGGAGAAGCUCUCAGAGGAGAAUGGUGAGACUGAAACAGAGCCUUUCAGGAAUGGGGUGGAGACAGAGAGCACUGACAGUGGCGUUACACUCGGGGACAGCAGGGGGUCCAUGUGUUCACCCACUCCACUCAUGCAGGAAGGUCUUGUGCAGUCUAAUGGAAAGAGACAGUAUGACCGGGACUUCCUGUUGGGCUUUCAGUUUAUGCCGGCCUGUGUGCAGAAGCCAGAGGGACUGCCUCAAAUCAGUGAUGUGGUGCUAGACAAGAUGAACCAAAACAAGCUGCCGCUGAGGUCUGUGGACCCCAGGUUGAUUUCCAGGGGCACUCCCCAGGAUUUCACUCCCGCUUUUGCUGACUUCAGCAGGCAGAUGCCAGGAGGACAUGGUGCUCCACUUAUAAACGUGCGGCGACUUCCACCACGCAAGAUCAUCGUAAACGUUUCUGUUAAUGAUGACGUUAAGCUCAAGAAGGCAGAGAAUGCCUGGAAACCUGGGAUGAAGAGAGAGAAUGUGAUGGAUGACCCAGAGGCCCUGAGAACCCAGGAGUUGUUCCGAAGAGUUCGUAGCAUUUUGAACAAGCUCACGCCCCAGAUGUUCCAUCAGCUGAUGAAGCAGGUGACGGAUCUCACGAUCAACACAGAGGAGAGGCUGAAGGGAGUCAUCGACCUUGUGUUUGAGAAGGCCAUAGAUGAGCCCAGCUUCUCUGUGGCCUACGCCAACAUGUGUCGCUGUCUGGCUACGCUAAAAGUGCCUACAGCAGACAAACCUAAUACUACGGUAAACUUCCGGAAGCUGCUAUUGAACCGCUGUCAGAAGGAAUUCGAGAGGGACAAAGUGGACGACGUCGUACUUGAGAGAAAACAAAAGGAGCUGGACUCUGCCACAUCACCUACAGAAAAGGAAAGACUGCAGGAGGAGCUAGAGGAGGCGAAGGACAAGGCUCGGCGUCGCUCCACAGGAAAUAUCAAAUUCAUCGGUGAGCUGUUCAAGCUCAAGAUGCUGACAGAGCCCAUCAUGCAUGACUGUGUGGUGAAACUACUAAAAAACCAUGACGACGAGAGCUUAGAGUGCCUCUGCAGACUCCUCACUACCAUCGGCAAAGACCUUGACUUCGAGAAAGCCAAGCCCCGUAUGGACCAGUACUUCAACCAGAUGGAGAAAAUUGUCAAAGAGCGCAAGACAUCGUCACGGAUACGGUUCAUGCUACAGGAUGUGAUAGAUCUGAGACUGCAUAACUGGGUGUCCCGGAGAGCAGACCAGGGUCCUAAAACCAUAGAGCAGAUCCAUAAAGAGGCCAAGCUGGAGGAACAGGAAGAACAGAGGAAGGUUCAUCAGCAGCUUCUGUCUAAGGACAUAAAGAGGAGGCCAGAUCAGAGAGAUCAGCGCUCACAGAGGGAGGAGACGUGGAACACUGUGCCCACUACUAAGAACAGCAGGACCAUUGACCCCACAAAGAUCCCCAAGAUCUCCAAGCCUCAAAUCGAUGAAAAGAUCCAGCUGGGUCCACGGGCACAGAUCAACUGGAUAAAAGGCAGCAGCGGUGGAGCCAAAGCUAGUGACUCUGAGUUAACACGCUCUGCCAGUAGCACCCUGAACCGUUAUUCAGCGCUACAGUCGUCCACGUCUCAGCCCAGCCCACCUCCGGCCCAAACCUCUGAUUCCGAUUCCAGACGCUCACUGGGAAGUCGAGGCAGCACCGGUCGUGAACGCAGUGAAAAGUCGGUGAGUUUGGGGCCGUCACGACCAGGGCCCUUCAGCCGAGGUAGCAGCGCAAAGGAGCUAACAGACAACGUGGCCCCUCAGGAGACACAGAGGGAGGGACCUGACUCACACCACACACCUCGCAAAGCCAGCAUCUCAGAGGAAAAAUGUGAAAUAGAGAACAAUAGAGCCACGGAGACAUUGAAAUCGGAGACGCUGCAGGUCGCUGGUGUUUCAGAGAAGCCCAUCCUGUCCGAAGAGGAGGUCGAGCGGAAGUCCAAAUCCAUCAUUGAUGAGUUUCUGCACAUUAAUGACUACAAGGAGGCAGUGCAGUGUGUAAUGGAGAUGGAUCAGCCCUCUCUGCUGUUUGUGUUUGUGCGCAUGGGUCUGGAGUGCACACUGGAGCGCAGCCAGAAAGCCAGAGAGCACAUGGGACUGCUGUACUAUCAGCUUAUUCAGAAGGGCAUCAUACCCCAUUCCCAGCUCUACAAAGGGUUUUCAGAGAUGCUGGAGCAGGCUGAUGAUAUGGCCAUAGAUGUUCCCUUCAUUUGGCUUUACCUGGCUGAGCUGCUCAGUCCUUUGCUGAGAGAGGGAGGAAUCCGUAUGAGAGAGCUGUUCAGUGAGUUAAGUAAACCGCUACUCCCUGUGGGAAGAGCUGCCAUCUUAUUUUCUGAAAUACUGCACCUACUAUGCAAACAAAUGAGCCAUAGGAAAGUUGGAGAUUUGUGGAGAGAGUCUGGGCUGAACUGGGCCGACUUCCUGCCUGAGGGAGAACAUCUUCCUACCUUCAUCUCACAACAGAAGUUAGAGUUUACUGUGUCAGACGUCUCCCCUGUGUCCCCGGCCACAGCUAAACCCAGCCUCAGUCCUGAGGAGCUCUUUAAACAGCUGGAGCACCUUCUGCUGGAAGACAUGGCUAGUGAUGAACAGAUCUUCGACUGGGUCGAGGCUAAUUUGGACGAAUCUCAAAUGAGUUCCUCUCCAUUUUUGAGAGCUUUAAUGACAGCUGUUUGUAAAGCAGCAGUUAAAGAUGAAAGCACAUCCUGUAGAGUGGACACCGCUAUCAUCCAGAGACGCCUGCCUAUAUUACAUAAGUACCUUAACUCGGACACCGAGCGGCAGCUGCAAGCACUUUACGCUCUUCAGUCAUUGAUUGUCACCCUGGAUCAACCACCCAAUCUACUCCGAAUGUUUUUCGACUGUCUUUACGAUGAGGACGUUAUUUCGGAGGACGCUUUCUAUCAGUGGGAAACGAGUAAAGACCCAGCGGAACAGCAGGGAAAAGGCGUAGCGCUGAAGUCGGUCACCGCUUUCUUCACCUGGUUACGCGAGGCGGAGGAGGAGUCUGAGGAUAAUUGACACAAGCAGGUGGCCGACGCCCAGACGCCCCCUACUGACAC